AUGCUUCUGGCUGUGGGCCUCGCUUCCACCCUCCUGCUCUGCUCUGUGGCCAGCCAGGGGUGUCCAGGGCGGUUGGUGAUCAGCGAUGUGGACUUCCUUAUCCGCAAUCUGCAGGUGGGCUGCAAGGAGGCGUGGCGGAUGGAUCAUCCACCUUCGAGAUGCAACUGCAGCACGAACGUGACCAGUUGUAUGUGUCUGCCCAUCCCAUCUGUAAGUAUGGGGAAAGAAUGA